CGCAGGUUGGCUCUACUCGAGAACCACAUUUCGUGAUCUUCAAUCUUCAUCGGAGAAACGGAUUUUUGACGACGAAGAUCUUUCUUUGAGGUACCUGGUUUUCUACGUUCUUUCCGUUAAAUAACUUGACCGUUUCUCGCUACCGGAGUCAGAGUACCCAGCACGCAAACAUGGCUCUCCCGCUUAUGAUUGUGGCGGAUUCGUCCUUUAUCGUCAAUGCGCACUCGGAAAUGUUGGUCGGAGAUCUUAUGGGUUUAGUGUUGGAGCAGUUGGAUAUUGAACGGGAGGAUGCUGAGGAUUUUUAUCUGCGAAGCGGAGUGUGCAAUUUGGAAUCCGAGAAAACUUUAGCUGACUGCGGAUUUGAGCCAUAUUCCCAGGUCUAUCUCCAAGGCCGACUCCGUGGUGGAAAAGUGCACGGCUCGUUGGCUCGUGCUGGUAAAGUCCGUGGCCAGACUCCUAAGGUGGAGAAACAAGAAAAAAAGAAGAAGAAGACAGGACGUGCUAAGCGCCGACUCCAGUACAACAGGAGGUUUGUCAAUGUGGUGGCGACUUUCGGGCGCCGCCGUGGCCCCAACUCGAACGCUGAAGCUGGAAACAAGAGCACCCCUUAAAACGUUUUUAUUAUCAGAUUGAUAAUGCUUCAUCUUAAUUAAAUAAUUGCAGUCAAUUCCAGUGGUUACCGCGUUGUGAAGAUGACUUGAAAAUUAAUAAAGACCGGGAAUUU